CGCCAACUCUCGCGAUCUCCGCGGCCGCGUACAUAUUACCCACAAUCCUCAUUCCUUUCUCUCGCCUCCAGCGAUCCAAGAUGCCGAAGGGGAAGAAGGCCAAGGGGAAGAAGGUGGCCCCAGCGCCUGCCGUCGUGAAGAAGCAGGAGGCCAAGAAGGUGGUGAACCCGCUGUUCGAGAAGAGGCCGAAGAACUUCGGCAUCGGACAGGAUAUCCAGCCCAAAAGGGACCUCACGCGCUUUGUCAAAUGGCCCCGCUACAUCCGCCUGCAGCGACAAAGGGCCAUUCUCUAUAAGCGGCUGAAAGUGCCUCCUGCGAUUAACCAGUUCACACAGGCCUUGGACCGCCAAACAGCUACUCAACUGCUUAAGCUGGCCCACAAGUACAGACCAGAGACAAAGCAAGAGAAGAAGCAAAGACUGUUGGCUCGGGCUGAGAAGAAAGCUGCAGGCAAAGGGGAUGUCCCCACAAAGAGGCCACCUGUCCUUCGAGCAGGAGUUAAUACUGUCACCACCCUGGUGGAGAACAAGAAGGCUCAGCUGGUAGUGAUUGCACAUGACGUGGAUCCCAUUGAGCUGGUUGUUUUCCUGCCUGCCCUGUGCCGUAAGAUGGGAGUCCCCUACUGCAUUAUCAAGGGGAAGGCCAGACUGGGACGACUAGUCCACAGGAAAACCUGCACCACCGUAGCCUUCACACAGGUUAACUCGGAAGACAAAGGAGCUCUGGCUAAGCUGGUGGAAGCCAUCAGGACCAACUACAACGACAGAUAUGAUGAGAUCCGCCGUCACUGGGGAGGCAACGUCCUGGGCCCGAAAUCUGUGGCUCGCAUUGCCAAGCUGGAAAAGGCAAAGGCUAAAGAACUUGCCACUAAACUGGGUUAAAUGUACACUGUUGAGUUUUCUGUACAUAAAGAUAAUAAAAAUUUUCCUUCUGCCAGGGCC